AUGGACAUGUCCGAAGACUGUUGGGAUCACGUGGGACUACUCCAGGAGGUCUCCGCGGAACCACCCCCGCCACCACCCGCCUCUGACUUUUUAAUCCAGCAUCAAGAGCUCCUGGUGAGUGGCGGGCAACCGACAACGGCGACGUCGCCGGCGAUGUCGGGGGGUGCGUUGAGCCCGGGUGCCCUGUCGCCUUCGUCCACGGCGACAACGACGACGGGGGUCGGGCCCGCAGGUACUGGCGGUGCCACGACCCCCGUGGGUGGUGCCGCCACCGGGCCCGGUUGCUGCGAGAACGGUAGGCCCAUGAUGACGGACCCCGUGACGGGGCAAACAGUGUGCAGCUGCCAAUACGACAACGCCGCGAGAUUCGCGUUGGGCGCUUAUCCUCGGCUACCCACCGCGACUUCCUACUCCUCCUACCCCACGCCGACGCCCUCCACCACCGACCAGGGGCCUUACCCCAGCAUCGGCAUGGAUAGCUCUGCGUUCUACUCGCCAUUGGGUAAUCCGUACGGGCUGAAGGACGCGACGGGGAUGGGCAUGACGGCGGACAUGGGUGCUGCCUGGGGCACGACCGCCCUUCAACCUGCCGCUACGGGUUACUACCAUUACGAUCCAACCCUGGCCGCCUACGGGUACGGAGCUGGAUACGACCUGGCCGCGCGGCGGAAGAAUGCCACGAGGGAGUCGACGGCAACCUUGAAGGCUUGGCUGAACGAACACAAGAAGAAUCCGUAUCCGACGAAAGGCGAGAAGAUUAUGCUGGCUAUCAUCACAAAAAUGACGCUGACGCAAGUCUCCACAUGGUUCGCGAACGCGCGGAGACGUCUCAAAAAGGAGAACAAGAUGACCUGGGAACCGAAGAACAAGACGGACGACGAUGACGACGCGGUGCUCACCGAUUCUGAGGAUAAUAAGGAAAAGGACGAUCUCGCGACGGAUAACAGAGGCGAUCGGGUUGGCGAAGAGGCGAGGCGGGGCCUCGACGAUACCGAACCAAUGAGGCAUGUGAAAGCGGAACUUUUGCAACACGAAAAGGAUCUCGAUGAUGAGGACGAGUUAGAUCUUGAAGACGACCGCCGACGGAGCGAGCAUCCCUUUCAUCACACGAUGCAGCAUCACCAUCAUCACCACCAAGGUUAUGGCGGUGAGGAUCAUCUGAAGGAAGAGGGUAUCAAGUCGGACUGUAGCGCGGGUGGUGUACCGAUCCCUGCGACGAAACCCAAAAUCUGGUCCUUAGCGGACACGGCGGCGUGUAAAACGCCGCCGCCACCGUCGCAUCCCCACCACCAGCAGUAUCACCAUCUACAUCAUCAGCAACAUUACCCCCAGCAGCAGCAGCAGCAGCAUCACGUGCCGAACCAGGGACAUCAUCAUCACUCGCAACAACCAUGGAUCGGUCCAGGAGGCGCGGGAGGCGGAGGAAACUUGGGAAGUUCGUUCGCUCUACCCUCCUCGGCGGGGAUGAGCCCGUCGGCAGCGACGGCGCCCUAUUCGGGCGCUGCCGCGAGAUACGGCGGCUUCCUCUCGUCCUCGUCCGGCGGCCAGCUCCAUUACAACCCCAAUUCAUCGUCGGGCUCGAGCUCAAGCGCAUCCUCCUCGGCGGCGGCGGCGGCGGGGUUUCCAGAGGUUGGCACGGACACUCCACCCCAGACGCCGCCCAACAUGAAGGUGGCCACGCCGAAUGGAGUGAUCCAGGCACCGCCGGGCGGUUACUGUCCUGGUGGCAACGCCGCCAGUGCCGCGACUAAUGGCAAUCCUAAUAUCCCCUACGGCGCGAAUCAUCCCGGUAGCGGUGGUUAUCUGUCGACGAGCUCGGGCUCGGCCAGCAGCGCCUCGUCCUUCAAUUCCCGGCUCCAGAGCUCACCGCAUAAGGACUUCUCGCCGGUCGGUCAAAAUUCUAUUCUCCAUCAGCAUCAAACCACUGCCAGCUUGCCACCCACGGAAGCUACCACCGCAUUUAAACCAUUUUAUAAAGGCUCACAAUCGAUGGGUAGUGGCUUCGUCUCGCCAGUUUAAGAGCCCGUACCGAGGUCCAGAAAAACAAUAGUCGUCUUUCUCAAAAAUAAAGCGGCGCCGUUGAGGGAGAGGUCCUGCGAAGAAGUCCUGCGGCUGGACUGUAAAUACGCGCUCCUGAGUGGUCUCGGGAUUUAUUAGCGUUAUCUCGACUUCGCGUCAGAGGCGGAGAGAGAAAGAAGCGGGUAGAGGCAGUCAGGCAGGCAGUCAGGCAGGCAGGCAGGAAGGAAGGAAGGAAGGAAGGGAAGAGAGGAAGGUGGCCGACUCUUCGAGAUACAUAAAUCGUUCCCCGACCUCUGGAAGGCGCGACUUGGAAAAGACGUAUGAGAGGGGUAGAAGAGCGACUGCGCGAAGCGCGGGAGUACGCGAGAGAGGAGGCGGCUUAGAGGAGAUUUAGGAAUUAGGAGAAUUACGUCAAAGUGCCUGCUUACGCACGGCUACGUACGGCGAAGCGACAUCGGGGGCCGGGUAAGAAGAAAGUAUGGGGGCCGAGCGCGCGCGGGAUUUAUGUCCGACGUAUACUCUCCUCGGCGUGCUGCAAGCGAGAGAGCCUGCGAGCCGCCAUAUUUUCGAUCGGUACCAUCGACCGCUGGCUGACGGCAAGAAGAUGGGUUUACGGGGCACGGGGCAACGCGUUGCGUCACCCCAUCGCUGAGCUCGAGUGAGAAGGAGAUUUUCAAGUUACCCAGGUCGAAUGGCCGAACACGAACUUUUCGCGAUCGUCUUCGAUGUUCGGAUGUACCGCCGGUAUACAUCGUCCUCACACGUACACUCACACACGCACCCUACACACACGUAAUUGUGAGUCCUUCUUUUUUUUUCUUUUGUUUAGUCAAUGUUUCAUUGCCGAUCGUUCAGCGACGUCUCGAGAUUUCCGGAAUAAGCACUGCGCGCGCGGAGAGUUGUCGAUUUUGUAAAUAAAGGAUGCGCGCGCGAUCACUUCGGGAAUCCGUACUGACGAUUUCGCACCGAAGAUCGUAUAUACAUGUAUAUACAUAUACAAUACCUCCGACGGAAGGGUAAAUCGUUUGAUAAAUAUCCAGCAAAUUUGGCGGACGAACGAUGUGCCUCUUCCGAGAUCGCGAAGAUACCAAUCGCGAAUUACACAUGGGCAACGUGCAAGGUAGCACUACUUCUUCGUUACGGAGUAACGGGGUCUUUCUUAACGGUCGUCGCUCGAAAUCGGUUAUUUAACUCGGCAGAGAGAGAGAGAGAGAGAGAGAGAAUUUCGAUGGGUCGCCCGAGUGAAUAUAAUAUUACUUCGACCAAGUCGUGCGCGGCACGAAUAUCGAGAAAGAAAAAAAAAGUGAGAAAGAGAGCGUGAAGAGAAACACUCGAUCUACCUGUUGUAGGUUUAAGAUGAAAAUAGGGGAAAGACAGAUCGCGUAGCGCAUUACAAAGCUACUAUCGUUAAACUUACCACUAACUCCUUUAAUUAUCCGAAUGAAAUAUUAACGUAUACCCGAAUACCCGCAUAUAGAGAUGGAAUGAUAAAUAGUACACCUACGCAUUACACGUACACACACGGUGACACGCAAGUAAGUCUAGGCCGUAGAUCUUAAGACUGUACCUACUACAUCACGAAAUUUUAUCGGGGUGACGCGUCUUAAGGGUUUUGCAAAGAAAAAGAGAGAAAGAGGUCUCCUCGCCGCAGAGUAUACAUCGCUAUAUUAUAAGUAUAAAUAAAAAUAUAUGAGAGAGUAGAGAGUUGGCGCAGAAAAAUGUGCUUAUGCGCCUAACAAUAAUACUAACAGCGACGAGAAGAGAUAUGGUCAGAAAUUGAAUAAUAAUCGUUAAGGAUCAAAUUCGUCCCUUUUCGCGCGACAACCGUGCACUCGCGCAUCUCAGGCCGGGACAUCGGAGGACGUAAAUUCCUGUAUAUGUAGUAUUAUUUCUUCUAGUACAUGUUACAUUUUAUUGUUGUCUAAUGCUAUAUUUUGUUGUAUAUUUCUUACAAUUAUCAAUUUCUUUUAUGGACAAUUUUAAGUUUGUUGGUAGAUAGUCGAGUUAAU